UCAAUCUAUUUUUUCCCAAAGCACAUAUAAAUAAUAUAUGUCGCUCGAAUUCGAUUGUCCGUUGAUUCUUCAAUGAUUUUUAAUAUUCGUUAUUUAACCUUUUGCGUAUAGAAGUCAUAGCUAUAUCGAAAUGACAAAGUGGGUGCGUGCGUUGGGGGUGGGAGAGAUAAUCUUGGAUAGUGGGGAUGAUAUCUAGAAGCGGUAUCCUUCAAGAUUAUCAUUCGCUUCCCGGCACUCACCUGUAAAGGAGCGUUCGCAUCUGUAAUUGAAGUCGUCAGGCUUAUCAUCGUGCCGAAUUUAUCAUCUCGCUCUUGAUCGCCAAUACUUUAUAAAAAAUGAAUCACCCUUGGAUGCUACUUUUUUUCGCAGUGUGUGCGUUGUGGAGCUUCGGUGAGACCGUUCCUUGCGAUCAGUGCGGACGGGAGUGUGCCGACAUAUGCGGCACCCGGCAAUUUCGCGCUUGUUGCUUCAACAAUAUGCGGAAGAGACAUUCCGACUUCUUUGGCUUGAAAUUUUGGAUGAGACCGCGGAGAUAUGCGCUUCACUUUUAUCCUGACUACGACGCUUAAUCAUAGCGCUAUACACAUCUAACACAAUUAUGGAGAAUCCCACGAUAUAAAGCUAGUUACUGUGCUCAAUGUUAUAUUUACUACCCAUGCACAUCGUUCAAUUAAAGUCGCAUAAUGUCGCCUUUAUUUUUCCUGCAACUUCUGUCCCUUCUCUUCCCUUUGAUAAUACGCUUGUUGAUGCCAAAAAUUAAAGAUAUUAUCCAGCAGCAAGAUAUUCGAAUAUGAUUCUUUGUGUAUAAUACAAAAAUCUCUUGCACCUGAUUUUAUAUAUAGGGUUUUACUUACA